UGUGUGUGUGUGUGUUUCCAGCUUGUUGGUAUUUCACACACGCUCUAGCGUCACUGUUUCUGCUCCUUUGGACUGAACGUGUUCAUCAGCCUCUGGAUCGUCACACACAUACUCACACACUGGCACAAACACGCUCCCACACGCAUGCUCUCACACACACGCUCUCACACACACACACGCGCUCACACACGCACUCACACACGCUCUCACACACACACGCUCUCACACACACUCGCGCUCCUUCCCCCUUCCCUAAGCAUUUUGGGUCUUCAAAUGUCUUUGCUUUAAUGGGAAUAAAACAUGUUUAUAUUCUGAGCAAUCCUGCAAGUUUCCAAGUCUGGGAGAAACCUACAGAACCUACAGAACAUACAGAACCUACAGAACCUGCAGAACCUACAGAAUAUACAGAACCUACAGAACCUGCAGAACCUACAGAACCUACAGAAUAUACAGAACCUACAGAACCUACUGAACCUCAUUUACAGAAGGAUAAUCAGAGACUGGCUGUAAACUGUAACUAAAGAGCUGCUGUGUGACGCGUCGCAUCAACGUCACAAUCUUCAAAGAUCUGAAAAGUAAAUUAUUUUUUAAAAAACCCUGAAAAGUGAGCGAAGCUGCUGUCUACGUGGACCGGAGCUGAAGUCUCGAGCCUCGCGGCCAAGAGGAGCUUGAGCUCAGCCAAAUCCAGAGAAAUGGCGACAAAUGGCUCUAAAACCGCUACGUUGGACGGACUGGUGGCGAUGGAGCUGAACGAGGUCACGACCCAUGACAGGGUCAAACCAGAGGAGGUACAGGAGAAACACAACGACAAGAAGAAGAAGAAGAAGAAGGAUAUUCCUGAAAGGGAAAUGUGGGCGGGAAAGUUCGACUUCCUGCUGUCUUGUGUAGGAUACGCCAUCGGGCUGGGAAACGUGUGGAGAUUCCCGUACCUGUGUGGGAAAAAUGGUGGAGGAGCUUUCCUGAUUCCUUAUUUUCUGACCCUCAUAUUUGCCGGAAUGCCCUUGUUUCUCCUGGAGUGUUCUCUGGGUCAGUACACGUCCAUCGGUGGACUCGGAGUGUGGAAGCUGGCACCGAUGUUCAAAGGAGUUGGUCUGGCUGCAGCCGUGCUCUCCUUCUGGCUGAACAUUUACUACAUCGUGAUCAUUGCUUGGGCUUUGUACUACCUGUACAACUCCUUCACCACCGAGCUUCCAUGGAAAUCCUGUAACAAUCCAUGGAACACAGAGAGAUGCUUCACAAACUACAGCAUUGUAGACUCCACCAACCUGACCAGCGCCGUCAUGGAGUUCUGGGAACGCAACGUACACAACAUCACCGAGGGUCUGGAGAAACCGGGACAGAUCCGCAUGCCGCUAGCGAUAACACUGGCCAUCGCUUGGGUCCUCGUCUACUUCUGUAUCUGGAAAGGUGUUCGCUGGACUGGAAAGGUUGUGUAUUUCUCGGCCACGUAUCCCUACUUCAUGUUAUUUAUUCUGUUCAUCCGCGGAGUCACGCUUCCUGGAGCCAAAGAGGGAAUUCUGUUCUACAUCACGCCUGAUUUUGAGAAGCUUAAAGAGUCUGAGGUCUGGCUGGAUGCUGCAACACAGAUCUUUUUCUCGUACGGUUUGGGGCUCGGAUCUCUGAUCGCGCUCGGCAGCUACAACACUUUCAACAACAACGUUUACAGAGACUCUAUCAUCGUGUGCCUUAUAAACUCAACCACAAGUAUGUUUGCUGGAUUUGUCAUUUUCUCUAUCGUGGGUUUUAUGGCUCAUGUGACUAAGAGGUCGAUAGCUGAUGUAGCUGCUUCAGGUCCAGGCUUGGCGUUUUUAGCGUAUCCCGAGGCUGUGACACAGUUACCCGUCUCCCCGCUGUGGGCCAUCCUCUUCUUCUCCAUGCUGCUCAUGCUGGGAAUCGACAGCCAGUUCUGUACAGUAGAAGGCUUCAUCACCGCUCUGGUGGACGAGUUCCCGGGGCUCCUGAGGAAAAGACGGGAGAUUUUCAUCGCAUGUGUGUGUGUCGUGUCCUAUAUAAUUGGGCUCUCCAACAUCACGCAGGGCGGCCUUUACGUCUUCAAACUCUUUGAUUAUUACUCUGCCAGUGGCAUGUGUCUGCUCUUCCUGGUUUUCUUCGAGUGCAUCUCCAUCUCCUGGUGUUAUGGUGUGAAUAAAUUCUACAGUAACAUCGAGGAGAUGAUCGGAUACAAACCCUGUAUAUGGUGGAAGCUCUGCUGGGUGUUUUUCACUCCUCUGGUUGUUGCAGGGGUGUUUCUCUUCAGCGCCUUUCAAAUGGUUCCUCUCAAAAUGAAUAACUAUGUGUUCCCAGCGUGGGGUCAGGGGGUCGGCUGGCUCAUGGCGCUCUCCUCCAUGAUCCUCAUUCCAGGAUACAUGGCUUACAAGUUCCUCUCCACCAGGGGAAGAUCUAAAGAGGAAGUGAAGAAUCAGGAGAACAGACCUGAGCAGCAGCUACAGGGUGAAAACACCAUCACUGUGUACCCCAGCAACGCCCACGGCCCCAACGCAGGGCAAUCACCAAGCGCAUAAAUGCCACCAACCCCCAGCAAUCACUGAGCAACAGCACACAGGACUUCCAUCUUUUUACCGUAAUAGAGUCAUCUACCUCCAGGGGCCAAUCACCAUCCACUACAAUAAUAAUAAUAAUAAUAAUAAUAAUAAUAAUAAUAAUAAUAAUAAUAAUGUGGAACAGUUGUCUAGAAGCACAAAGGUUGAGUGUGUUAGUGUCAAAAAAAGAUUUUUAUUUAAAAAGCGUUCUGUACACAAGUAAUAAUGCUGUGAGUUGUCAAGGAUCAGAGGUCAAGUGAAGGUGGACGUGUCGAUAAACGUGUCGAUAAACGUGUCGAUAAACGCGUCGAUAAACGCGUCGAUAAACGUGUCGAUAAACGCGUCGAUAAACGCGUCGAUAAACGUGUCGAUAAACGUGUCGAUAAACGUGUCGAUAAACAUGUCGAUAAACGUGUCGAUAAACGUGCCGAUAAACGUGUCGAUAAACCGUUAAACGUGCAGAAUACUGUGAUCAUUAAGAGGCUCAAAUCCACCUUUAUUGUGUUUCAUCCAUUCUACAGCUUUUUUGUGCAACUUUAUUUAUUAAGUAUUUUAUUAUAUUAUUUUUACACCUUUUUAGAGUUUUAUUGUAGAAUUGAAUAUCGAACUUAAAUUUUUUGUAAAUUUGUUUUUGUACAAUUUUCAGCAUUUCUCUACAUUUUGAAAUCUUUUUUUUUUUUAACUUUUUUAUACUUGCGUAAUUCCAUAAUUUUUUUGUCUUUUUAGUGUUUUGUUUUUUUUUAAUUUAUAAUUUUUACAAUUUUUUAUUUCUGUGUUUUUAUCAUCUGGAUAUUAAACUGAUCCUGUAUUGAAGAAGUCUAAUCUGGGAUCAGUAAUUAUUCUGCACACGUUUUUCUUAAGAAAUGCGAACACGUCGCUCCAGAGAUCAAAGUCACACAAUCACAAAAGAAGAAAAAUAAUCGACAUCGUUUAUGUAAUCAACGUUAAAUGGACAUCAGGUGUAGACACGAUGACGUGAGGCGUGACGACUGUAAUGACGAGCGUUAUUAUCUGAUAUAAAGCACAAAGCCCUUGGAACUCGUUUAUUUAUCAUCCGAUAUUUUUGUUAGAGAGACUGUUACUAUUUUAUUUUUCUGGAAAAUAGAAGAAAAGAUGCUCAAAAAUCUACUCGUCUGUGAUCGGAUCGGUUUUUAGAGACUUUUUAGGAUGUUUUGUAUUUUAAUGUUGUGAUCGAGGACCAAAAGCAAAAAGCAAAAACAAAUCUAUCCCAUUCAGUGUGUGGAUAAAAAAGAACAGGGUAAAGAAUAUUAAAUAUAAAAAAGAACAGGGUUUAUAGUGUCAGCAUCCGUCUGUCCAUCAGUCGCCGUCUCCUCUGUCCGCUUUAUGUGUUUCUGAGACGAAGAGAACAUCAGACAAUUUACUGACGAAGGAGUUUAAAGUCAGACUGAAUUCAUGAUGCCUGAAAAAAAAAAUCAACAAAUUUUUUAAAUGAGUAAUUUUUAAAAUUCAAUAUUUUUUUUUAUUUGCUAGUCUGAAAAAAAAAAUAGGGAGUCGUAAAGAAAAAAGACAAACCUGUAUUUAAUCGGAGCUCAGUUCUGGCUAAUCAUAACACAUCUGUGACAUCACAAUGUCAGACAGCCAAUCAGAGCUUAUUUCUGUAGAAGAUCAACACUUUAAAAUAAUAUUUGGAAACAAAUUUUAUCAAAGUUUAUUGGUUCGUCUCUCUGUACGGACACCGAUUAUGCAUUAAUAUAAAAAUACAUUUUAUAAGUUUGAACUUAUUUGUUAAAUGAUCAAAACCAAUGAUUUUUAAUGAUGUCAUCACUGGUUAUAGUCUGUGUUAGCUAGUUAGGAGGUAAACAGUGUUGUCCUCAUGGAUAAAUAUUUUAUUAGGUUUUCAGCAUAAAUAUUAUUUACAGUAAUAAUAAAAUUAUAAUUAAUUUUUUUCCUCUUCAUUUUAAAAAAGCACAAUUUUCAGUAGACGGAAACAUCAUCGCCGGACUUAAGAUGUGUUCUGAUUGGCUGGGAUUUGUUUCUGAUUAAAUCUGAAAUUUUACAUUCCUGAAUUUCUAAUUCUAGAAAUUUAUUUAUUUUUGAGUAAAAUUAAAGAAAUUAUGUGCUAAUUAUUUAAAAACGUUUAAUAAUUAAUUAAUAAAUAAUUAGUUGGUUAAAUGACUUAUUGAUGCCUAUAUUUUCAGUAAAUUUGUAAUAAAUAUCGGUGAAUCUGAUGGAUGAUGAUGAUGAUGAUGAUGAUGAAAAAAUUUUAGUUCAGUUAUGUGCCAAACUGUUAGACCAUAUCUGUGAAGCGAAAAAACAAAAAACCCACAUAUUAGCGUCUCUGUGAAAGUUUACAGUGAAAAAAGGUCUUUUCUGGAAAAGCACAAGUGGGAAUUUGAGCUUUCUGAGGUUCAGGUGAGAAAAUUCAGUUUUGUCUGAAGGUUCAUUAGAAUUCGUCAUGUUCUGCUCUGUGUCAGUGGGCGGAGUUAGAUAGUAUUGGGCUGAAGUGGGUGUCGUUCGGAUGGCGAUGACGAUGAUGACGAUGAUGAUGAUGACGAUGUGUUUUACGGCAGCUACGUUUGAAAGUUUCCGUCCGAAGCUGUUUCCUCUUCACACCUAUGAACAGCUCCAUGUGAGAUUUGUAUUACAGCUUUAUUGUAAACGGUGUCGUCGUGUUAAACAUGUACCUGUGAACGUCUGUAACUUCUCUGGAACUUUCUGUCGAAAUAAAACUGCUGUUUUUUUCCCUGCAAUAAUAUUUUGAUCUCUGAAAGCGAAACACAUCUGAUGAGAAGUGACGAUAAUUAUGAUAAGAUUUAAAUAUGACAGAUAGAAUUUAUGUCUAGUAAUAAAAUAAUAUUGUUUUGUAGAUUUUUAAUUGUUUCCCUGCCUACAGUAUGUUAUACACACAGGAUAUGUAUUAAAUUGUGUCAUAUGAUAAAGCACGAGUGUCAUGUUAUAAAGAAAAUGUACAAAUAAAAAGUAUUAAAAAUGA